AUGAACAAUAUGCUUAACCUUUCACACUGUUUAAAUUGUGAAUCUAAACAUUUGGUCAAACUAUUGAUUACAGAGAAUCCCAUUUCAAACGUUCUCAAAGAUGUUGCCAAUGAACCGCUAUUACUGUUAGGAGGAAUACAGAUCAUAAGCUGUACAUCAGAUUCAGCCACUUAUACAUCCGAUAAUUCGUCGAUUCUGUGUCCCAUUUCAUCGAUUCGGCUCAAGAUCUGGUCAGACAUUUGCUGGAACUUGUCUUCGACCGACUGCAGCAACAUAGACAGCAAUACAAGCAAUACAUACGAACUGAACCACGUCUUUGGCCUCUUUGGGAUCAGCGGCGCCGGCGUUGGCGACGGGCGGACACUUGCUAUCCAUUGA